AUGACAAAGAAUUUGGGGCUAUUAUUUUUGCGCCGACCCGACCCGACCUCCGGCCCUGACCUCCGGUCCCCGUCGCCGACCCCCGUCGCCGCUCCCCGCUGCCCUCCGUCACCGACCUCCGGUUCCAAUCCGCUCUCCCCCCCUCCGUUCAUACCCCCCCUCUCCGUCCAUACCCCUCCUCCGACGCCGGCGGGAUACAACAGCCCCCCCACCUCGGUCUCCAGCCAGCCGCCGACUCGGUCUCCAACAGCUGAAGCUCGGUCUCCAGCCGCAGCUCCGCUUGCACCCACCGCUCAGUCGCCAGCAGCCGCAGCACCCAAACGACGACCAGUUCCCUCGGUUUCCAGCAGCCGCAACUCCAUCUUAGCACCUGAAUCCCCCGGAACCUGGUCAACGCUAGGCUUUGGUUUCCGUCUUGGUUUACAAGCGUAA